AUGGCAGCUCGACGCAAAGGGGCCGAGUGCGAGGGCGUGGCCUGUGAGCACGCGCUGGGCCAGCAGCCACUGCAACUGUACGCGUAUUUGUGGUCCAAGGCGAGUGCGGACGAAGAUGGCAGUGGCAAGAAGGUGUUCUCCUUCGUCCUCACGGAUACGGUCGUGUUCAAGCGCCAGAAGCCCGUCAAGUGGUUCUUCACGUCCAAGCAGGAGCGAGGGAAGAUUCUGUGCAGAACCAAAAGGUUCUUGUCGACGACUCGAGUUAUGCAGGAGUUUCUGGCGCCGAGAUGGGCUCCGCACACUCUGCCCAAGCUGGACAGCGACAAGCAGAUUCUAGCCACGUACACUUACUUGGACCGGCCGUCGGUGCAUGAAGAGAUGCGUAUGGUCGUGGAGCACCUCGAUAAGGAUGGCCUUGAACAUUUACUGGAAGAUCGUGAGAUGCCUAGUCUGAGCGUUUUGCAGCGGUUCAUCCCCACCAAGUCGGGAUACAAUCAUACCGUUAGGUCGGUGUAUACGGUGGAUGGUUGCUCGGUGCAGAAGUGUAUCAGCCCAUUUUUACUGAGUGACGAGGAAGUUAGCAUGGUAAAACGCACUGCCACGUUUGAAGUCAACGAUCCUAUGCUUCGCCAUCGCGACGUGACGGAUAAGGAAGUGCUGAAGACUGUCGAGAAGAUCAAUGGAGAGAUCGCAGCGCAUCUGGAGCCUAUCGUAGGGAAGGAGAUGGUUCGCUUCGUCAACUACUUCAAGGUAAAAUCACGAUACCAACCUCCACAUUACCCAUAA